UUUUCAUUUUUCCCCCCAAGACUUUUAUGGUGAUUUUUGGAGUUUUCUUCAAUUGAUACCAUUAAAAACGCAGGGGAAGGAGAUUCCCCCUCAAUUUAAACACAGACAAUUACAGAAAAGAAAAUGUUUUCUGUCAACUUAAAAUUAUUUUCUCCUAAUAAUGCGGGAAAUCUCCUAGACCAAAUCUGCCACCACCUAGAAACCUGGCUGUUUUUGAGUGCCAACUGCCCCCACUAAACUGCCAUCCCUAUACUGGGGGUUGAGUUUCCUUUCAGAAGGAAACAGGUCCAUGUCCCAGCGACCAGGCUUUCAACUGAUAAAAUUCCAACGGGAGCAGGAUUUCUACUAGACCCAAGAUACCAUCACUUAGAACGCUGGCUGCCUUUGGAGUGCCCAACGCCUCCUCCAAACUCAUAGCAUUAACCUGAGAGGUUGAGUUCUGUUUCACAGGGAAAAGAGCCGUCGUUUGCAGCCUGGAAUGGUGCCGCUAAAGCAGACUGGCCAAAAAUCUCGGAUACGUGACGCAGACGUGUGCUCUGCGUACAAAGAGUCCGGUGAGGGGCUCGGUCGGUAAGCACGGACAUUCGAGUCCGAGGUGACGGCACCUGAAGCCCACCAUACUUGGCUGCUUGUGCAGUAAGAGAGCCACGAUGACAUCAAGCCGCGAGGAGGGUCUGUAAUGCGCCAGGCUAGCCUUCGGCAACACAGCCGAAGCCGGCCUCCGGCACACACCACCACCUCUGGCAGCCGCGGCACCGGCGCCAGCACCGGCCGCACCCUGACGUCACGGCCGGAAAAACGUCACUGCAAGAAAAACGUCACUGCCGGAAGCGACGUCAUGCUGCCGGAAGCUCCCGCGGGCGCUCGGUUCCGGUGCCGGCCAUGAGCAAGCGCAAAGCUCCCCAGGAGAGCCCCAACGAGGGCAUCACCGACUUUCUCACCGAACUGGCCAACUACGAGCGCAACGUGAACCGGGCCAUCCACAAGUACAACGCGUACAGGAAAGCGGCAUCCGUCAUUUCUCGGUAUCCGAGCAAGAUACGAAGCGGGGCUGAAGCCAAGAAGCUGGAUGGAGUAGGUGCUAAAAUAGCUGAAAAGAUAGACGAGUUCUUAUCCACUGGAAAACUACGCAAAUUGGAAAAGAUUCGACAAGAUGACACAAGUGCUUCUAUCAAUCUCCUGACACGAGUCACUGGCAUUGGUCCUGCUGCUGCUAGAAAGUUUGUCGAGGAAGGAAUUAAGACUUUAGAAGAUCUAAGAAAAAUUGAGCACAAGCUGACCCAUCACCAGCGAAUUGGGUUGAAAUACUUUGAAGAUUUUGAGAAGAGAAUCCCGAGGGAAGAAAUGCUUCAAAUGCAGGAAAUUGUGCUCAAAGAGAUAAAGAAGCUGGACCCAAACUAUAUUGCUACAGUCUGUGGCAGUUUUAGGCGAGGUGCAGAGUCAAGUGGCGAUAUGGAUGUUCUCCUAACCCAUCCCAGUUUCACAUCUGAAUCAUCCAAGCAGUCAAAACUUUUGCGUCAGGUUGUAGAACAACUGGAAAAAGUCCACUUUGUCACAGAUAUGCUAUCUAAAGGUGACACAAAAUUCAUGGGUGUCUGUCAGCUGCCAGAUAAAGAAGAUGGAACAGCCUAUCCGCAUCGGAGAAUUGAUAUCCGGCUUAUCCCAAAAGAUCAGUAUUACUGUGGUGUGCUGUAUUUCACAGGAAGUGAUAUAUUCAAUAAGAACAUGAGAGCUCAUGCUCUGGAAAUGGGCUUCACAAUCAAUGAAUAUACAAUACGCCGCUUAGGAGUUACUGGAGUUGCUGGUGAGGCCCUGCCAGUAGAGUGUGAAAAAGACAUCUUUGACUAUAUCCAGUGGAAAUACCGAGAGCCAAAGGAUCGGAGUGAAUAACUUAACUGCUUGUCUACUGUCUACUUGUCUGCUUGCUACUGUUUGUAGUCUAGAGAGAUGUUUUCAUGAUGCAGUAGUAUGUAAGGUAACUAGAAGUUAACGUGGUACUGUGUGAAGUAUUCUCAUGCCUCAUUGUAAAAAUACAUAAAGCUGAUGUAUUUAGUAUUUUCUUCAGUAAUCAGUGGGAAUAAACAAAUUGAAUAUUC